AUGAAUUAUUAUUCUAUUAAUUUAGCUAAAGCACACUUAAUUCAUUAUCCAUGUCCACUAAAUAUUAAUUUCUUAUGGAAUUAUGGAUUUCUUUUAGGAAUAGUAUUUUUUAUACAAAUUUUAACAGGUGUAUUAUUAGCAACUUGUUAUACUCCAGAAAUAUCUUAUGCAUAUUAUAGUGUACAACACAUAUUAAGAGAAUUAUGGAGUGGAUGGUGUUUUAGAUAUAUGCAUGCAACAGGUGCUUCAUUUGUAUUUAUUUUAACUUACUUACAUAUUUUAAGAGGAUUAAAUUAUUCAUAUUCAUAUUUACCUUUAUCAUGGAUAUCUGGAUUAAUGAUAUUCUUAAUAUCUAUUGUUACAGCUUUUAUGGGUUAUGUAUUACCUUGGGGUCAAAUGAGUUUCUGGGGUGCUACUGUUAUAACUAAUUUACUUUAUUUUAUUCCUGGACUUGUUUCAUGGAUUUGUGGUGGAUAUCUUGUAAGUGACCCAACUUUAAAAAGAUUCUUUGUAUUACAUUUUACUUUUCCAUUUAUAGCUUUAUGUAUCGUAUUUAUACACAUAUUCUUCUUACAUCUACAAGGUAGCACUAAUCCUUUAGGGUAUGAUACAGCUUUAAAAAUACCCUUCUAUCCAAAUCUUUUAAGUCUUGACAUUAAAGGAUUUAAUAAUGUAUUAGUAUUAUUCUUAGCUCAAAGUUUAUUUGGAAUAUUACCAUUAUCACAUCCAGAUAAUGCAAUUACAGUAGAUAGAUAUGCUACACCUUUACAUAUUGUUCCAGAAUGGUAUUUCUUACCUUUUUAUGCAAUGUUAAAAACCAUUCCUAACAAAACUGCUGGUUUAUUAGUUAUGUUAGCAUCACUACAAAUAUUAUUUCUAUUAGCAGAACAAAGAAAUUUAACAACUCUUAUCCAAUUUAAAUUUGCUUUUGGUGCUAGAGAAUAUUCAGUUCCUACAAUUUGGUUUAUAUGUUCAUUCUAUGCUUUAUUAUGGAUUGGAUGUCAAUUACCACAAGAUAUUUACAUUUUAUAUGGUCGUUUAUUUAUUAUAUUAUUCUUUUUUAGUGGUUUAUUUACACUUGUUCAAUCUAAAAGAACACAUUAUGAUUACAGCUCCCAAGCAAACAUUUAA